AGUCCACUCACGUGGUUGUCAAAAAGAAAAUGGCGGCAUCCUUGUCCUGUAUUCUUGGCUCAAACUUCAACGUGAAAUACACCAACUGAUCCAUUUAAAAGUAAACAACCCACCACAAAAAACAUGUAUGCCAUUUAUAAGGAAACCCACCCGCCUACGGGGGUUGAGUUUUGCGUGAAUUGUCAUUUCUACUCGGCAAGAGAGAGCAACCUUGUUGUAGCUGGGACGACUGAAGUGCGAGUUUUUCGACUUUGCUACCAGCAAGAAGACUCUUCGUCUGCAGAAUCAGGAGGGUCAUCCUUGAAGCGAAAGCUAGAGCUUGUAGGUCAGCAUUCCUUAUUUGGUAACAUUGAGUCUCUGCAUGCUAUUCGCUUGGCUGGCAACACUAGAGACUCUCUUCUCAUGAGCUUCAAAGAUGCAAAGCUUUCCAUUGUUGACUAUGAUCCUGGGAAACAUGACAUCAAAACAAGAAGCCUACAUUUCUUUGAGGAUGAAAAAAUUAAGAGCCAUUGUUUGGCCCAGGACCGAGCUCCGGUAGUGCGUAUAGACCCAGAGCGUCGCUGCGCUGUUAUGCUAGCAUAUGGAACACACCUAGUCGUACUUCCUUUCAGACAAGAAGGGGGCAUUGAUGAUACUGCCCAAGACUCCAUUAUUUCUUCCAGUGACAGGCCCCCAGUUUUACCUAGCUACAUCAUCGAUGUCAAGGAGAUUGAUGAGAAGACUUGCAAUAUACUUGAUAUUCAAUUCCUUCAUGGAUAUUAUGAGCCAACUCUUCUCAUUCUAUAUGAGCCGUUGAAAACAUGGGCAGGGCGCCUAGCCAUGCGCAACGACACCUGCGCUUUAGUUGCAGUGUCGCUUAACAUGUCUCAGAAGGCGCACCCUGUUGUCUGGCAACUCAGCUGUCUCCCCUUCGACUGCAUCUAUGUCAUGCCAGUUCCAAAACCAAUUGGAGGUGUUUUGGUAUGUUGCAUGAAUGCACUGCUGUAUCUCAAUCAAAGUGUUCCGCCGUAUGGCGUGUCUGUGAACAGCAUUGGAGAAAACAGCACUGUCUUCCCACUCAAGCCCCAAAAAGGAGUGACUAUUACCUUGGAGGGAUCCAAUGCUAUCUUUAUAGCCAAUGACAAGCUGGUAUUUUCACUAAAAGGGGGAGAAAUUUAUGUUGUGACUUUGAUCGCUGAUGGGGUGCGCAGUGUACGGAACUUUGUCUUUGAUAAAACAGCAGCAAGUGUUCUCACCUCAUGCGUGUGUGAGUGUGGGGAUGGCUAUUUAUUCCUGGGAUCCAGGCUUGGAAAUUCUUUGCUUGUCAAGUAUACUGAAAAGCCUCAAGAUAUUGGUGGGGAUCUUUUCUCACCAGGUGUUGAACCCCCAAAUGCCAAGCGCCGCCGAAUUGACAGCGACUAUGCCUAUGCACUGGAUGACUUGGAUGAGUUGGAAGUGUAUGGUGCACAGCAAGAGGCAGGUGUGGAGCUUACAUCCUACACCUUUGAGGUGUGUGAUAGUCUGCUUAACAUCGGCCCUUGCUCUUGUAUGGACAUCGGGGAGCCUGCAUUUUUGUCGGAAGAGUUUGCCGACGCACAAGAACUAGACUUGGAAGUUGUGUCGUGUUCUGGAUAUGGAAAGAAUGGAGCUCUGACAGUGUUACAGAGAAGCAUCAGACCACAGGUUGUUACCACGUUUGAGCUUCCAGGGUGCACAGAUAUGUGGACUGUCUUCUCUAAAGACCAGGAAAGUACAGAAGGUAACGAGAAGUAUCACUCCUUCCUGAUUCUCAGCAGAGAAGACUCUAGUAUGAUACUGAAGACAGAACAGGAGAUCAUGGAAGUCGACCAAUCAGGAUUCAGCACUCAGUGUGCAACAAUAUAUGCAGGCAACUUCGGCAAUGGUUCCUAUAUUCUACAGGUUACUCCCCUUGGAGUGCGUCUCUUAGAAGGAGUGAACCAGCUACAGCACAUCCCAAUGGACUCAGGUCUUUCGAACAUCGUGUGGUGUUCUGUGUGUGACCCUUAUGCAGUCCUGCUGAUGGCAGAUGGCUCUGUCAUCUUGAUUGAGUUCAUUAAGAGUGCCUCUGGUCCUAAGCUGACUGUCUCACGGCCCUCGCUAUCACAGAGCUCCAAGGUGUGUGCGUGCUGCACAUACAAAGACAUGAGUGGAUUAUUCACCACAGAGAACAGUAACUUGGAGGAAGUAUCCAAGGUCCCAUCUCCCAAACCAGAGAUGACCGCCCCACCUCGUCAAGAGAAAGAGUCCCUGACGAUUGAUGAGGAAGAUGAACUGCUUUAUGGGGGUGAUACAUCCCUGACAUUGACCUUUGAGCCGCCAGAACCAUCAAAAGCAGAAAGUGCUACCCCAGUUGAGGUGUUUGAGGAGCCCUUGCAGCCGUCCUAUUGGUGCUUGGUAUGUCGCGAGAAUGGCGUGAUGGAAAUUUACAGCUUGCCCGGUUUCACAAGGGUAUUCUUUGUGAAGAACUUCAGCAAGGCGCCCAGGGUUAUCGUGGAUAGUGGGGACAGCGGUGCGAGCACACAGUCGAGCGUAAGUGAAGAGGAGUCACUAAACGUGAGAGAGGUCCUGUUAACUGGGCUUGGCUACAAGAAUAGGCGUGCUACCCUUGUUGCUGUCAUGGACCAAGAUUUGCUGAUAUAUGAAGCUUUUUCCUAUCCCACUGUUGAGGGCCAUCUGAACUUACGAUUCAAGAAGCUUCAACAUAACAUUCAAAUUCGUGAGAAGAAACCGAAGCAGGAACCCAAGAAUGAUUCCGAAACGAAAUCAGGCCUUGAUCCCAAGGUUGCAAUGCUGCGAGUUUUCAAUGAUAUUUCUUCUUACUCUGGCAUCUUCGUCUGCGGUAGCUAUCCAUUUUGGAUAUUCGUUACCAAUAGAGGCGCCUUCCACUGGCAUCCAAUGAGCAUCGAUGGGCCAGUCACGUGCUUUGCUGCUUUUCACAAUGUCAACUGCCCCAAGGGUUUCCUGUACUUCAAUACAAGGGGGGAGUUGCGGAUCUCUGUCCUACCGACUCACCUGAGUUACGAUUCGCCUUGGCCCGUGAGGAAGGUACCAUUGAGGUAUACUCCGCACAUGGUGUCAUACAACAGGGAAUCCAAGACUUACGCCAUAGUGACGAGUGAACAGGAACCGUGCAAAAAGAUCCCACGAGUUACUGCAGAGGACAAGGAGUUUGUUGACACAAUACGAGAUGCCAGGUUUAUCUACCCGUCCACGGAGCGUUUCGUUCUGCAGUUGAUUUCUCCCAUCAGCUGGGAGGUCAUCCCUAACACGAGGCAUGACCUGGACGAAUGGGAACACGUUACCACCAUGAAGAACUUGUUGCUCCACAGCGAAGAGACACACACUGGCCGCAAAGGCUUUAUAUGUGUGGGAACGACGCAAUUGUACGGGGAGGAGAUUGCUGUCAGGGGGAGGAUUCUCAUCUUCGACAUUAUUGAAGUUGUCCCAGAGCCUGGGCAACCGCUCACCAAAAAUAAAUUCAAGCUGUUGUAUGAAAAGGAACAGAAAGGGCCAGUAACUGCUCUCAACCAAGUCAACGGCUAUCUUGUCAGCGGUAUCGGACAAAAGAUCUACAUCUGGAACUUUACCGACAACGACCUCGUGGGCAUGGCCUUCAUCGAUACACAGCUCUACAUCCACUCACUCGUGACCAUCAGGAACUUUGUAAUCGCAGCUGAUGUGUGCAAGAGCAUCACCCUUCUCAGGCUACAGGAAGAAACCAAGACGUUGGCAUUUGUUAGUAAGGACCCGAAAAACUUAGAAGUGUACGCCGCAGAUUUUUUCAUUGACGGCCCACAGAUCGGCUUCCUCGUCUCAGACGUCGAGAAAAAUUUGGUUCUUUUCACUUACCAGCCAGAGGCGAUCGAAAGUCAAGGUGGCCAGCGGUUGCUCCAGAGAGCUGACAUCAACGUUGGAACCCACAUCACAUCGUUCUUCCGCAUUGCAGCGAAGGCUCACCUCAAGGCCAGCGGUGAAAAAAGCAAAGAGAUGCGUCAGCUUACUUGCUUCGGUACACUAGACGGAGCGCUAGGACUAAUGCUACCGAUGACAGAAAAGACAUUCCGCCGACUCCACAUGCUCCAGACUAAACUAGUGGACUGUAUUCCCCAUGUUGCGGGGCUCAAUCCCAAGGCUUUCAGGAUGCUCCAGUGGCGGAAGAGAAAGCUCUGUAACCCUCAUCGGAACGUGCUGGACUGGCAGCUGCUCUUCAAGUACAUGCACCUGAGUUUCAUGGAGAGACAAGAAGUCGCUAGAAAGAUUGGCACCACGCCUGCACAGAUCAUGGACGAUAUGAUGGACAUAGAGAGGGCGUGUGCUCAGUUUUAACUUCUCGCGAUCUGAUUCACAUUCACAUCAUGGUGGAUAUAGAGGGAAAUCUUGACUAGUGAUACCACCGUAAUGGGUGUUUGCUAUCUCACUAUCUGGAUAUCUCCGUAUCGGACAUUCAUACGUACGGUUUGGGGUCAUAAAAGAGAAAAGUUUUUCAGGCCAGGUCUUCAUCAAAAUCGUGGUUUGAAGACACAUCCCCACAGAAGAAAUUAAUUUGCCGCGUUAACAGUUGAAUUGUUCGCGGAUAUAAAGUUGAGGUAGUGGAGUCGUGGCUAUCAAACCAUCGCCAUGGAUAAAACUAUGCUAUUUAACCUCUUGUGGAUACAAGGCAUAUUCCCUAGAUAGCCAUCGUUUCCGAAACGGAAGUUGUGUAUAGUAUACCACCCGAAUGGAACAUCACUAUCAUUGUCAAACAUGUUAGUCUUUUUCACUCGCAGACUUUGACUAGCCCCAAAUAAUCCUGUAUGUCCAGUUACACCUUCCGAUGUUGGUACAACACAUAUGCAUACUAGUAUGGGUACUUAUGUAUAAUAAAAGUUCAAUUUCUAUUA